AUGGACGUACUCCGACAACUACAACAUCUUCAACGUAUUCAGGAUAUCAACUACAACCGUGCAAUGAGACGAGAGUGUGUUUUCAGAGAUCGUGACAAUCCAUUUGACCGUUUGUCUGAUGAGUGUUUUCGAAUGCGAUUUCGUCUGAGCAAAAAUACAGUUCGCGUUGUAACUAACAUCGUGCGGGCAGAUAUAGAACAGCCAACACGUAGGAAUCAUGCAGUCCCUUGCGAACUUCAAGUCUUACUUGCAUUGCGGUUUUAUGCAACAGGGGGAUUCCAGCUCACCAUGGCCGACCUCCAUGGACUUUCUCAGACGACCGUAUGUACUGUCCUUAAACGAGUGACGAAUGCGAUCGACAGAUUAAGACCACAGUAUAUUUCAUUCUCCAAUAACGAGGAAAUGAACGAUCUUAAAGAAAGAUUUUUCAACAUUGCUGGUUUCCCCAACUGCGUAGGAUCCAUUGACUGCAGUCACAUCCGUAUAAUUGGACACGGUGAAAACGGGCAAAGAUCCAUCAACAGAAAAGGCUGGUCUUCUAUUAAUGUCCAAGCAGUGAGCGACAGUAAACGUAGAUUUGUCAACAUAGUGUCACACUGGCAUGGUUCAAGAUUUGAAGAUGGAGAAAUUGAUGGGUUCUUGAUUGGCGAUUCGGGAUAUCCUUGUCUGCCCUAUCUAAUGACACCUCUGCUCAAUCCAGGAAACGCUGCCGAAAACGGAUAUAACCGUGCUCUCUGUUACACGAGAAUGUAG